AUGGAAAUUGAUGAAGCACGAGAAAAAGCUUAUACGUUUGUAACGUAUACAGCGGUAAUUUUUUCAUUAGUUUCAAUCUUAGCUAUAUUUAUAACAUUACCAAUGGUUAACAAUUAUGUUACUCUUAUUGGUUCUCGAGUUUCUGAUGAAAUGGAAUAUUGUCAGGCAUCAGCCCGUGAAGUGAUGCUUGAAAUACGUGAACACCGUGCACCAUCUGAUACACUGCAUGCUGUUGGCGAGAGUGCUGAAAAUGCAUUCAACUUUACUAGAGCUAAGAGGCAAGCUGGAUGUGAAGAGUGCUGCUUGCCUGGAUUACCAGGACCUGAUGGCCCACCAGGAAAACCAGGGACACCAGGACGACCAGGAGCACCAGGCGCACCCGGUUUUCCAGGAAGACCACCAAGAAUAUGUGAGGAACUAGAACCACCACCCUGUAAACCAUGUCCACCAGGGCCUCCAGGACAGCCGGGACCAAGCGGAGAUAAAGGACCAUCUGGACCACCAGGACCACCGGGCCGUAGCGGAAAUCCCGGUCGUACAGGACCGCCAGGACCACCAGGGCCACCUGGACCUGAUGGAAACCCAGGUGUUGAUGGAUCACCUGGUGAACCAGGUCGCUCAGUUAUCACUACACCAUCGAUGCCUGGUGAUCCAGGACCAGCAGGAACACAAGGACCAGCAGGAGAACCUGGCGACAUUGGACCGCCGGGAAAUCCAGGACGGCCAGGAAGUCCUGGUCCUCGUGGGUUACCUGGCCCACCUGGACAGCAAGGUAGUCCGGGAGAGAUAGGCGAACCAGGACAGCCAGGUCACCCUGGACAAUCAGGUGAACAAGGUAUUUGUCCCAAAUAUUGCGCUUUGGAUGGCGGUGUCUUCUUUGAGGAUGGAACACGGCGUUAA